AUGUACAGGACGCUGGCAAUCCUGUCUGGCGCGGCGGCCGGUCUGCUGUUCGCCAGGAUGUCGCUGAUGGGCGACAGCGGACCACCGGUGUUCGCGGCCGCCGACAACCCGACAGCAAAGUCGCCGAGUCUGGUGACGCGAACUCUGACGUUCCUCUACCUGCCCGCCGAGAACAUCCGGUUGCUCGUCUACCCCCGGAGGCUGAGCUUUGACUGGUCCAUGGACGCCAUAGCGCCAGUCACGUCCGUCUACGACCCCAGGAACGCACUGUCCGUCGCCCUGUACGUGGCCCUGUUCGCCGCGGCCAAGCGGUCCGCCUCAGCCGCGUCCAGGGCUAGGCUGCACCACAACCGGCCUCACAGAUGUUGUUCAAAAACCAAGUACGAUCGCCCUGCCGACCGUCCCGAUGACCCGGCAAGGGCCGUGGGACUCGCUGUCGCCAUGACCGCCAUACCGUUCGUGCCGGUGUCCAACAUGUUUUUCUACGUGGGCUUCGUGCUGGCCGAGAGGGUGCUGUACAUGCCCAGUGUGGGCUACUGCUUCCUGUUCGGGUACGGUUACGCUGCGCUGGAACGCCGUUUGGGGCCUAAGUGGCCAAGGAUGGGGCUGAUGGUGGUGCUCACCGUGUACGGUGCCCGGACGGUCAUCAGGAACAACGACUGGCAGGACGACGAGUCGCUGUACCGAUCGGGAGUGCACAUCAACCCGCCGAAAGCCUACGGAAAUUUGGGCUCAAUACUGAGUAGUCAGGGUCGAUUGGACGAGGCGGAAACGGCGCUGAGGACGGCGUUACGAUAUCGACCGAACAUGGCGGACGUGCAUUACAAUUUGUAA